GAUGGUACAAAAAAGUUGAGUAAAAAGUUCGGUUGCUUGGAGUGUGCUAAAAUGCUUGCAAGAAGUUAAAAGAAGAAAUCUUCCGGUAACUCUCAAUAUACAAAAUAAGCCCAGAGGUUGCCGACUACCCUGAAGAGCAUGCUUCCAGGGCUCUGUUCAGCCACCACCCAACGCGGACGAAUCCCCCACUUGACUGGUAUUGGGUGCCAUGAUCAGAGAAAGCAGGAUUCCGGCAACCGAUGGCGUGGAAGCAGCCGCUAUCGACCACACACAAGAUGUUCGAUAGAAGCUUUCAAAGAACGGCACGAAUAUUAAUGCACCCACCAGGAUCAAACGCUCUCAGCCGAAGACUUCUGUCCUAACGAAAGGCGAUUAAACGAAAGUGAGCAAAGGCAACCUCUUCGCUCCGCUACUCUUCACUAGUUGCCUUCAUGAUGAGUCGAAAAAAGCGGCCAAGACCGUCGUUGCCAUGGCUUCUGCUUCUCGCUCUGGUAGGAUCUAUAGCCGUCUCAUGGCUGGCGUUCUCCCGUUCCCCACGGCUAGACCACGUUCCACGCCCACACCGCACCCUUACAGCCACAGCAGCAGCUUCCACUCUCCUUCCCCCUUCAACCGAAGCACCCGAGAAGCGGAACACCACGACUGCUUCAAAGCCAGCUCGGAUUGCCGCCCCCUACCACGACUGGGAUCUCUUCGCCUCCGAUUUCGACAACAUGCUCCAGAAUCUCAAAAUCUUCGUCUAUCCCGAUGCUCUCAACUCGUCCUCCCCCUUCGCCAAUGUCUUCCUUCCCCACCCCGACCCUCUCCACCCGAAGCUUGGCAACUACUUCAGCGAGCACAUGUUCAAGAUCAGCCUCCUCCGCAGCCGAUUCCUGACAUCCGACCCUGUGAAGACCAGCUUCUUCUUCUUGCCCUUCUCCAUCAAUGCCCUCAGGAACGAUCCUCGCGUGCGCUCCGAGGUGUCGAUCGCAGACUUCAUCGCUCAGUAUACAACAAGGAUUAGCCGGGAGUAUGAGUUUUGGAAUGCUUCAGAGGGAUCCAAUCACUUCUAUGUUUGCUGUCACUCGGUCGGGCGAGAUGCUGCCUUGAAGCAUGCUGAGCUCCGGAAUAAUGCUAUUCAGGUGGCGUGCUCGUCGAGCUACUUUCAGAGGUUGUACACUGCCCAUAAAGAUGUCGGGCUGCCGCAGGUCUGGCCUCGUCCGCUAGAGGAAGUACCCAAUCCUCCAAAUGCAAGAAGUAGACUUGUCUUCUUUGCUGGGCGCAUGAAGAAUUCCCGAGUGCGUCAACAGCUGAUUGCUAGGUGGGAGAAUGAUACCUCCAUGGACAUCUUCUCUGGAAGACCACCCUUCCCGUACGAGGAAGGCUUUAGAAGGAGCAAAUUCUGCCUCCACGUGAAGGGAUACGAGGUCAACACUGCUAGGCUCUCUGAUGCCAUUCACUAUGGCUGCAUUCCUGUGAUAAUUUCAAACCACUAUGAGCUCCCGUUUGUCAACAUCUUGGAUUGGAGCAAGUUCUCGAUCAUCAUCAGCCACUCAGACAUUGCUUUACUGAAACAUAUACUAUUAGGCAUAUCUAAAAUAACAUAUUUAAAUAUGUACCAUAGUCUUCUCCAUGUCAGGAAGCAUUUCAGGUGGCAUAUGACUCCCAUAGGUUAUGAUUCCUUUCAUAUGAUUGCUUAUCAAUUAUGGCUGAGAAGAGGCAGAUGUCUGCCUUCUUGAAUUUCCUUGUGCUCUAAUGGUCUAAACUUGUGAACUUGAUUGAUAUGGAUGUGCUCCAAGAUAGACAUAAAAGAAGUUAUAAUCUUGAUUCA